AUGUUGCAGGACUCCAAAGUCUCUCACCUCCGCUGCGCCCUCGUCACGGCGCUCUUCUUCGCCACCGUUUCUCUUUCUUGCUUAAUUCUUCUCAGAGACGUUGGUUCCCACCGAUUCUUCUCUGGAUUCUCUUCCUCUUAUCAUCUGGCUCGUCUUUCUAGCUUUUUUCCGUCUAAUGAUCUGGCUGUGACUAGCAACGAAUUUCCGCUUGAAAAAAUCUUGAACGAUGCUGCCAUGGAAGACAAAACUGUUAUCUUGACCACAUUAAAUGAAGCAUGGACAGCUCCAAAUUCUGUCAUUGAUCUUUUCCUUCAAAGCUUCAGAAUAGGAGAUCAUACUCGUAGGCUUUUAAACCAUUUGGUAAUCAUUGCAUUGGAUCAAAAGGCAUUUGCACGCUGUCAGGUUAUACAUAUCCAUUGCUUUUUCCUUGCUAGUAAAGAAGCUGAUUUUCAUGAAGAAGCAUACUUUAUGACUCCUAGCUACUUGAUGAUGAUGUGGAGAAGGAUUGAUUUCCUGCGUUCUGUUCUUGAGAUGGGAUACAAUUUUGUGUUCACGGAUGCUGAUAUUAUGUGGUUUAGGGACCCAUUUCCGCAGUUUUACGUUGAUGCAGAUUUCCAGAUAGCCUGUGAUCAUUUCACAGGUAGCUCUGAUGAUGUAGAGAACCGACCCAAUGGAGGAUUCAACUUUGUAAAGUCCAAUAAUAGAUCAAUAGAGUUUUACAAAUUCUGGUAUUCUUCUCGGGAAACUUAUCCUGGAUACCAUGAUCAAGAUGUCCUUAACUUCAUCAAGGAUCACCCUUUCAUUGCUCAUAUUGGACUGAAGAUGAAAUUUUUGGAUACAACUAAUUUUGGUGGGCUUUGUGAGCCCAGUAAGGAUCUAAACCAAGUUUGUACGAUGCAUGCAAAUUGUUGCUUUGGUAUGGAUAGCAAGCUUCACGACCUUCGAAUUAUGCUUCAGGAUUGGAAACAUUAUUUAUCAUUGUCUCCAAGUUUGAAGAAACUGUCAGUUGUUUCCUGGAGGGUUCCUCAAAAAUGCAGCCUUGAUGCUCUCAAGAACCAUGAUUCAUCAGAGGAAAACGAUCAAGAUUGA